AUGCGUCUUCAAAUGGCGGUAUCGAUCCAUGCCAACAGCACCACUAAAUACCGUGUUACAGUCGGUGAGAUCCAACGUAGAAUCAGUCCUCCGGAAUGUUUAAAUGCGUCACUUCUUGGUGGAAUUUUACGAAGGUAA